CUGUUGGAGCAUUUCGCGGCAGCAGCAGGCGACACAGGUUGGGGGAAUAACGAGAGAGAGGGGGGCAGUUGACAGUUUACCAGGCGUAAAAGACAGGGAAACGAAGCCGAUAGACGAGCUACAAUUUAUAGGAAGAAAUCAGCUGUCCGUCAACCUUUCCAAAACGCAGUCAUGUUAUCUUUAUGCAUUAGGAUAUGUUUUUAUUCUGAAUAGGCUAUUAUUCUCCAAUCACACCGUUCUCUUCUCCCAAAACAUCCCAGGAUAGGAUAGAGUGGAUGUUAUUGUAAUAAUAGCCAUGAAUUCGGCGGAACAGACGGUAACGUGGCUGAUAACGUUGGGGGUCUUGGAGUCACCGAAAAAGACCAUUUCUGACCCUGAAGGAUUCCUGCAGUCUUCUCUCAAAGAUGGGGUUGUCCUGUGCAAGCUGGUGGAGCGAUUGCGCCCUGGUUCUGUUGAGAAAAUCUUCCAAGAACCAAGGAAUGAUAGUGAGUUCCAGAGCAAUAUAAAGGAGUUUCUGAAAGGCUGCGGGUCCUUCCGAGUGGAGCCAUUUGAGGUCAAUGACCUUCUCCAGGGACUGAACUUCACCAAGGUGCUCAACUCUCUGGUGGCACUGGCCAAAGCCACCGAGGACAUAGGAGUGGGCAGUGACUCUGUGUGUGCGCAUCACUCGUCCUCCUUACGGAUCAAGUCGUUUGACUCUCUGAACACUCAGUCUCCCCGCGGACGCUCCUCCAAGCUCCUCCACAACCAGUACCGCAGCCUGGACAUGUCGGAGAGCGGUGGGCAGCGGGUACUGGUGAGGGCCAAGUUCACCUUCCAGCAGACCAAUGAAGACGAGCUGUCCUUCAACAAGGGUGACAUGAUCAGUGUGUCGCGCCAGGAAGACGGAGGCUGGUGGGAGGGCUCGUUCAACGGCAACAAGGGCUGGUUCCCUAGCAACUAUGUCAAGGAGGUCAAAGGGAGCGACAACCCAGUGUCUCCUAAGUUUGGCACCCUCAAAAACCCUGUGAAAGGCUUUGACACACCAGCUGUCAGCAAGACCUACUAUAACCUGGUGCUCCAGAACAUUCUAGAGACCGAGACCGAGUAUUCCAAGGAGCUCCAAAGCCUACUGACCUCAUACCUGCACUCACUGCAACCCACAGACAAGUUGAGCAGUGCAGACGUCAGUCACAUCCUGGGGAAUCUGGAGGACAUCUCUACCUUCCAGCUGAUGUUGGUUCAGUCCUACGAGGAAUGUACCAGGCUUCCAGAGAGCCAGCAGAGAGUAGGGGGCUUCUUCCUCAAUCUGCUGCCCGAGAUGAAGGCUCUCUACAUGGCCUACUGCUCCAACCACCCCUCGGCUGUCAACGUCCUCACAGAACACAGUGAGGAACUGGGGGAGUUUAUGGAGGGGAAAGGAGCCAGUAGUCCAGGUAUCCUGACCCUCACCACUGGUCUCAGUAAACCCUUCAUGAGGCUGGACAAAUACCCUACACUGCUGAAGGAACUGGAGAGACACAUGGAGGAGCAUCAUGCUGAUCGACCAGACAUCCAGAAGUGUUUGACCUCCUUCAAAGGCCUCUCUGCUCAGUGUCAGGAGGUGAGGAAACGUAAGGAGCUGGAGCUGCAGAUUCUAACUGAGACGAUCAGACGCUGGGAGGGAGAUGACAUCAGAACCCUGGGCCCUGUCCUGUACAUGUCACACACACUCUGCCAGACACACGGAUCAGAGGAGAAGCGUGAACGCUACCUCCUGCUGUUCCCAAAUGUUCUCCUACUGCUGUCUGCCAGCUCCAGAAUGAGUGGAUUCAUCUACCAGGGUAAGCUGCCAUUGACAGGAAUGCUUAUCUCAAGGAUAGAAGAUUGUGAGAUGGUCAAAAAUGCUUUUGAAAUAUCAGGCAGUACCUGUGAGCGGAUGCAGGUGGUGUGUAACAACCAGCAGGAUUUGCAGGAGUGGGUGGAGCAUCUGUCGAGACACACUCAGAUCAGAAACGCCCCCUCCCUGAUCAUGACCACACCCACCGCCAAGCCCCAGUCUGUCCCCUGCCACACGCUCCCGUCCCAUCCCCUGACCCCCACCAGACACUCAGAGAGUAGGGGUGUAUCUGGGGGCCCUGCCUACCACACCCUACCUCACCCCUCCUCCCACGGGGCCCCUCAAACCCCCCCCAUGUGGGGUCCCCUGGAGCCCCCCAGCACCCCCAAACCCUGGAGCCUCAGCUGCCUCCGCCCCGCGCCCCCACUCAAGCCCUCGGCAGCACUCUGCUAUAAAGAGGAUCUGAGUAAAAGUCCUAAGAGUAUGAAGAAGCUGCUGCCUAAACGUAAGCCUGAGAGGAAACCUUCAGAUGAGGACUUUGCUUCCAGGAAGAGUACUGCAGCUCUGGAGGAGGAUGCCCAGAUCCUGAAAGUGAUCGAGGCCUACUGCACCAGCGCCAAAACACGACAGACACUCAACUCAACAUGGCAGGGUACUGAUUUGAUGCAUAACCACGUGCUGGCCGAGCCAGUUGACCGGUCCAGUGUGGACACUAUAGGUUGCCGUAGCAGCCUGUCCAGAGGGACCGAGCCCUGGUCUGACCUAUCAGAGGACUCGGAUUAUGACAGUAUUUGGACCGCCAGUAGUUACAGGACCUCCUCCGUUUCUCGAUCCAGGGAGAAGUCGGGUGUGCACAUGCUCUUCCCUGAGGAGGAGAAGAUCAUCGUGGAGGAGACCAAGAGCAACGGACAGACUGUCAUCGAGGAGAAGACUCUAGUAGACACGGUGUAUGGGCUGAAGGAUGAAGUGCAGGAGCUGAAACAGGACAACAAGAAGAUGAGGAGAACCCUGGAUGAAGAGCAGAAAGCCAGGAAGGAGCUGGAGAAGAUCCUGAGGAGAGUCCUGAAGAACAUGAAUGACCCCACCUGGGACGAGACCAACCUGUGAGUGCUCAGGUGACAUCGCAUCAACAUGGUUGGGUUCGGGUUCCACCGUGACUGGACUAAAAUUGUUAACCACAAAGCUAUCUGACGUAACACUGUGGAACACUGAUCUGUCACUGUUGUAAGAGACUGGGUGUGGUCCAAACUCAAAACAGCCAAAUAGCGUCCCUGAAUAACUCUGGAAGACUAUUGGCUGCGGCAUGGACCUCCGACCUCUGCGUUGAUCUGGGAUUGGAAAGAGGCUGGAACAAUCACACCAGUGGAGAUACAUCUGACAUCACUGACUCUGUCUCCUUCCGGGUGCUUCUCGAAGGGGGAUUCCUCUCUACCUCUCCCCUUCUGCACUGAUCUGAAAGCAGGUGAAAAAAACAUGGGAAUUUUCUGUCACUUGUACAGUACUUUAACAUUCGUGAUGAGGAAAGGAAGUAAGUUCAGACUAUUGAGAUCCAUCCCCUGCAUGUAGAGGAAUAGUCUCAGGGAAUAAUUUCUAGAGACAGUGGCUGCAUCUCAAUAGUGGUUUGCUCUUCUCAUCUUUGCUGAUCUGCACUGGUAUGUGCAGUAGGUCCCUAGUGCCUACAAAGGGAUUUCCUUCCACCUGUCCAGUUUCUUGCAGAUGAAAGGUAGCAACGGUAGACUAUUGAGAUGCAACCCAGACAAUUAUGACAGAUGAUGAUUUUGUCACUGCCUCCAUUACCCUGCUGCCAAGCUCCCCAACACCCCCACCCUCUUACCCCACUCUGGAGCAUCUCCCUGCCCAUUCCUCUGAGCCUUGUAGGAACCUAUGGCCAACACACAGAACAGCAUAACCUCUAGCUCAUUCUGCAUGUUUCCAUGGAAACCUUAGCAAUCCCAUACUGGAACGUUUUCAGGUGAUUCUUUUUUUUUUGGUGGCUUUCUGAUGAUGAUGUUUUGAAGUAUUCUGGAUGACCUAUUUCUUGUUUGUUACUGUUAUUUUACUGGAUAAUGGACUUUCUAUUUGAAUGCUUUCCUGAAAACACUGUUUCUACUUUUGCUUUUCUACUUCUUUGUCGCCUAUGAUUUGUACAGAAACUAACCGUAGCGUCUCAAAUUAAUAUCAUGAAAUGUGCCUUGGGGAAAUUAUUCCAUGAUAUUAGCUUACAUUUCUGGCAGGCUCUUCAGUUUAAAAUAAGUCAAAUAUUCCAAUGCAAUAUUGAUUCCAAUGAUGAACACCAAUGUAAACUACUUAUCUAACUAUUUCAGAUUCUAUAUUAUGUCUGUAAUUGAUGUAUUUAAAUGAAAUUGACUGAGGAAUGUAUAAUGUGCUCCUCAAGUCUGUUGUUCAGUGAACCUCCCUCCCAUAUCCUCUAUUUAUUACCUCUUCGUCUCUCUCACUCUUCUCAACUCGUCUCUGAAUUAAACCAGUAAACUGAA